UCCAUCAUUUAUUUCCACACCAAACUGACUGAGUGAGUACUUUAUUUUAUCAACGUCACGCACUCACGAAGCGUCGGGAUUAAAACGUGUGUUUCUGUGAUUAAACCUCGCGAGAAAGGACAACGUUUACCAACCGUGAGUUACUUACCGGACCACCGCUGCUGCUGCUGAAGGCAUGUGGUGGAUAUUAUGGCUCACAGCAGACGGUUAUCUCUCAGGAGCAAAUGUGUGGCCAGCUCACGCCAUCCUGUAGCCACGCCCCCUCCACCCGAGCGCCAUGCACCUGACGCAUCACGCCUUUUGACUUCAUGAAGAUCCCUGACAUCGGUGAUGUGAUGAAUAAAUUUGAAGUCCUUGGGAUUGUGGGUGAAGGUGCAUAUGGUGUUGUCUUAAAGUGCCGACACAAGGACACCAAUGAAGUUGUUGCCAUUAAGAAAUUCAAGGACAGUGAAGAAAAUGAGGAGGUUAAAGAGACGACGCUGCGGGAGCUGAAGAUGCUCCGGACUCUGAAGCAGGAGAACAUCGUGGAGCUGAAGGAGGCCUUCCGCAGACGAGGGAAGCUCUAUCUCGUCUUUGAGUAUGUGGAGAAGAACAUGCUGGAGCUGCUGGAGGAGUUACCCAACGGCGUGCCGACGGACAAAGCUCGCAGCUACAUCUACCAGCUGAUCAAGGCCAUUCACUGGUGCCACAAACACGACAUCGUUCAUCGAGACAUAAAGCCAGAAAACCUUCUCAUCAGCUCUGACGACAUCCUCAAGUUAUGUGACUUUGGUUUUGCUCGUAAUCUCUCAGAAGGAACCGAUGCCAAUUACACGGAGUACGUGGCCACCAGGUGGUACCGCUCUCCAGAGCUGCUGCUCGGCGCGCCGUACGGGAAGGCAGUGGACAUGUGGUCAGUGGGCUGCAUCCUGGGAGAGCUGAGUGACGGUCAGCCUCUGUUCCCAGGGGAGAGUGAGAUUGACCAGCUCUUCACCAUCCAGAAGGUGUUGGGACCUCUGCCCCCAGAGCAGAUGAAGCUCUUCUACAACAACCCUCGCUUCCAUGGACUCAGGUUUCCUUCAGUGAACCACCCACAGACGCUGGAGCGCAGAUACCUGGGCAUCAUCGGUGGAGGCCUCCUCGACCUGCUGAAGAACAUGCUGUUGCUGAACCCGACGGAGCGUUUCCUCACAGAGCAGAGUCUCAACCACCACGCCUUCCAGAACCUGCGGCUGGUGGAGCGGCCCGGCCCGACCACGCCCACACCUGUGCGCUCCUCCAAGAGGAAGCCUCACCACGGAGACAACAGCACCCCCAGCAGGAGUCAUGGAGGGAAGAGUUCAGGCAGCCACCGCUCCAGCAGCAGAGAGGGCUCCAGUCUGCCGCGGCAGGACGACCUCCACCCGAGCAACGACGGCUUCCUCAACGGCAACAUGUCCAUCAACCUCAGCCCCACGCUGCACCCCAAGAACUACCAGCCGCAGAUGUUCAACCACUCCGGCUCGUGCAGCGUGGACCUGGCCAGCAGCAACCUGCCUCACCUGCUCGCCACCAGCAGCGACGCCAAGAGCAAGGCCGACUUCGACAUGAACCUUGGCUCCAAGGUGUCUGACGGCCCCGGGGCCAAGUACCUCAAAUCCAACUUCCGCUCGCAGCAGAACCGCCACUCGUUCGUGGAGGGUAAAACCAACACGCUGCAGUCCGGGGAGAAACACGGUCGCCACAGCUACGUGGAGUCUCACGGCUCCGCCCCCUCCUCGUCCAAGUUCGCCUACCUGAACUUGUCCAAAAGCUACGGCACGCUCAGCGACGCCAAGUCGGUGGGGAACUUGAACGACGUGCAUCUGUACGCCGACGAGCCCACGUCGCGGUACUUCCCGUCUAGCUGCCUGGACCUGACGGCACCGAGCAGCCCCGUACCUCGCCGCGUCGACAGACUGGGACCUGCCGCCGCCGGCCGAGGGAGCACCCGCUCGGACCGGGAGAGCAACACGCUGGACUCCUCCUACAGACGCAACUCUGCCCGCCACAAGACCGCAGAGGACGCCAAGUCUUCAGACGCUCUAGACCCGGCGGACAGCAGCGUGGAGAGAAGCCACGCCCACUCGCUGUCCGCUCCACACGACCCCCUGUCCUACGGUCAGGGUUAUACCAGCCCCUUCUCCUCCCAGCAGCGGCCGCACCGUCACUCCAUGUAUGUGCGGCGGGAUCACCAGAGGACUCACGGGGCGGAGGAGGGGCUGGUGGUGGGUCAGGGAAUGACCACCAGGGCCUCCAGCCUACAGCUGCUGUCCCCACAGCUGCAGCACCGCACGCUGCCUCACCACUCUGGAGGAUCGUCCAGAGAAGAGGACAUGAGCAGGGUGGGUUUAUAUCACGAGCAGCAAACAGAAGAUGGAGGCUCGUCGUCCAAAGAGAAUAGAAACAUCUACAGUGAGUCCAUGCCCAGGAGAGUGGGGAGUUUCUACAGAGUUCCCUCUCCUCGACCAGACAACUCCUUCCACGAGAGUCGAGCUCAGAGUCGAGCCUCAGCUCUUUCUGCCGACAACAGCAGUUUGUCCAACCACUCCAAACGCCAGCCGACCUUUGACCCCUGGACGGGUCCAGACACAGUGGUGCUGAGUGCGUCUGAACCGUCCAAAGAGAAGGAGAAGCAGAGUUUCUUCAGAGCGAUAAAGAAGAAAAAGAAAAAGGCUCAGAUGGUUCCCCCCGACAGCGUGGACUCUGUGAUUCAGAAGUCGUCCAGGUCUGUGGGACAUCAGAGCGGCCGCCACAGGACACGUGACAAGAGCCGAGACCGCGACCAAGACAAGGAGUGGCCGCCUGAAAAACUGUCUGACUCUCACUCUCCAAGUCAGCCGCUCAAGUCGCUGCGUAAACUCCUGCACCUUUCCUCCUCCUCCUCCUCCAACCAGGCCACGCCCUCCGACAUGCGCUACCCACCGCUGUCCGGCUCCGCCUCCGCGCAGAGUGGCUUUGCGGAGAGCCGGGGUCACUCCGGGGUCGGCACGCCACAGCUGAAGAGCCGUCAGGCUGCGUACCCGCUGCCCACGCAGUUGGACGCCGGCUGGCACGGCGCGCCCCUGGGACGCUCCGAGGGAAACCCCUACCCAGAGCAGAUGAACAUCAAAGGAGGACAGAACGGACACGGCUUCGGACGAAACGCCAGGCCCCGCCUACCUAACCUCAAUGACCUGAAGGAGACGGCGCUGUGAACACGCACACACUUCAGACUUACACACACAUACUUUAGACUCACACACACAUACUUUAGACUUACACACACACACUUUAGACUUACACACACAUACUUUAGACUUACACACACAUACUUUAGACUUACACACACACUUUAGACUUACACACACAGUUUGGACUUACACACACACAUUAAGACUUACAGACACACUUUAGACUCACACACAUAUAAUUUAGACUUACACACAUACUUUAGACUCACACACACAAACUUUAGACUUACACACACAUACUUUAGACUUACACACACAUACUUUAGACUCACACACAUACUUUAGACUUACACACACAUACUUUAGACUUACACACACACUUUAGACUUACACACACAUACGUUAGACUCACACACACAUACUUUAGUCUCACACACAUACUUUAGACUUACACACACAUGCUUUAGACUUACACACACAUACUUUAGACUUACACACAUACUUUAGACUCACACACAGACUUUUGACUUACACACACAUACUUUAGACUCACACACAGACUUUAGACUUACACACACAUGCUUUAGACUUACACACACACACUUUAGACUUACACACACAUACUUUAGACUCACACAAAGACUUUAGACUUACACA